AUGGUCUACCCUGAAACUAUUGAAGCCGUUGGUGUCGUCGACUACGACAAGUGGUUGGAGCCAAAGAGAUUUGAAUAUAAGCCCCAAGAUUUCAGAGAUUACGAUGUUGAUAUUGAAAUCGAGUGUUGUGGUGUUUGUGGCUCGGACAUUCAUGCCGCCAGUGGUAACUGGGGUAAGCACCAAAACCCGCUUGCUGUGGGACACGAGAUUGUGGGUAAAAUCGUCAAAAUUGGACCUAACGCUAAGGAGGGUCUCAAGUUGGGCGACAGAGUUGGUGUUGGUGCUCAAUGUGAUUGCGACAGCACUUGUAUUGCAUGCGUUGAGAGUCACGAGAACAACUGUAGAAACGCUGUGGGUACCUACCAAAGUAAAUACAAGGAGUCUGGAAUUGAAACCAAUGGAGGUAACGCUUCGCACAUUCGUGUGAACUCCAAGCUCGCCUUCAAGAUUCCAGACAACCUCCCUAGUGAAGUGGCUGCCCCACUUCUUUGUGGUGGUAUCACCGGUUUCUCUCCUUUGUUGCAGGCCAAGGUCGGAAAGGGUACCAAGGUUGCCGUUGCUGGUAUUGGAGGAAUUGGACACAUGACUAUUUUGUUCGCCAAGGCUCUUGGGGCCGAGGUGACUGCUGUUUCUAGAAACACUAAGAAGGAGCAAGUCUCUAAGGAGCUCGGUGCUGACCACUACGCUGCGACCGAUGAUGACGACUUCGAGAAGAAGUUCAAGGACACCGUCGAUGUCUUUGUCAACACCACCAGUUCUUUCACCGGAUCUUCAUUUGACAAGUACUUGUCUAUGCUCAAACCAAGAGGUCAGUUGUACUUCAUCACUGCUCCUCCAGCUCAUGAGCAAUUGACCCUUCCACCAUUCAAGCUUCUCAUGAACAACAUCUCCGUUCACGGAUCUGCCAUUGGUGCACCCCAUGAGAUCGAGUACAUGCUCGAAUUGGCCAGCAAGGAGAACAUCAGACCAUGGGUCCAGACUGUCGAUAUCAAUGAAAAGAGCUUGGGUGAGACCUGGGACAAGACCGAGAGAGGUGACGUCAAGUUCAGAUACACCAUGACUGGAUACGACAAAUUCUUCAAGCACUGA